AGGAUAUUAUGAAGGAGUUUGCUGCAGCAGCGAAGAAUUUGGCAGAAAGCAUGGCCAAUUUUGAUGAAAAAUUUCAACAGGCUGCAAAGGUGUUACCUGAUGAUGAGACAAUGAAGAUUUUAAUGGGAAAAGUCCAUGGGCUUUUCAACACAUAUUCAUCAGAAAAGGAGAAAGAAAAAGAAAAUGAAACCGAAGUGUCACUGACUCCAGAUGAUGGAUUCUGGACUGAAGAAGUGCUCAAAGCAGUUGAAGCUAUUGAAAUGGCUCAGAAGAAAAGAGUUGAGAGGCCAACUUUUACUCAGUAUGAAAAGCCAAGCUUCAAGUUGCUUUCACAGGAGUCAAAUGAUGGGGCGAAUACAUAUGGGGAUGAUGAUGAGCAUCAUCAUGACAUAAUUGAGCAACAUGGCAAUGCAAUUGAGCAUGCAGAGGAUGGUCCAAGUGAGCAAAUGAAUAAGGAUAAUGACAAUGCUGAGGAUGUUAAUGAGGAUGAAGAGGAAUCUGAAAAGGAAGAAUGUGAAGAAGAAAGAGACAGAAGGUUUAGAAAGGGUAAGCAAGUUGAACAAUAUCACAUUGAACCAAAAGAGAACAAAGUGGAAAGAGAAAAAAGAGAAACAGCCCCAGCACCUGCUGUGAAGUCCCCAUUCAUGAACAGAAGUAUAGAUGCAAGGACAACACUUGGCAGUGAGGAAAGACUACUUGCAGGUUUUGUGUUCAAUGAUCAUUGUGACAAGAAUGUUGUGGUGUUCAAGCAUUACAACUUCACUCUUUCAAAAGCUCAGAUGGAAACAAUGAAGAGCAACACAAAAGUUGAUGCUGGAAUUAUAGAUAUAUGGGCAAUGUUGCUUAAUCAUAAUGAAAAGUUCAAAAGCCCUGAAGCUAAAAGCAGAAUGAUUUUCUCAACAAGACCAUGUCAUGUGCUAGAUCAAAAUCAUCUCACCGCUCCACAAACAAGGAACAAAAGGUUUGCGGCAGAAAUUGGCAAGGAAUUUCCCUGUGCAGAUGGAAAUAAGUUGAGGUCAACAGACUUAUUCAUAUUCCCAGAUGAAUACAAUGGGUGCUACUAUAUGAUGUGCUUUGACUUGAAGAGCAUGAAGUUCUACAUCAUUGAUAGUAGCGACGGAGAUAUAGCUCCUGCAGUCAAGUACUUGUUUCAAAUGUCAUACCUGAGAAGUGGAUUUGUGAAAUUUCUUCGAGAUCAAAAACACCCAAAGGCAGAUAAGGUUGUGAAGCUGAAGGAAGAAGUGGUUAAAAUGCAUUGGAGAAACAAGAAAAACAAAACCAAUGAGGGAGUUUAUUUGAUGAGGCACAUGGAGACAUUUUAUGGUGACACAGCAUGGGAGUGUGGAUUAGAUAAACAAAGUGAAAAACCAAUUGAGAUGCUGCGGAUUAAGUACUUGCAUGCAAUAGUAACAUCUGAUAAGAAUGAGAUCAAGAAGAACAUCAUGGAACAAGUGAAGAAACACAAUGUGUAUAUCUAGAAGAUUUGUAAUGCUAUUGAUGAUUGUGGGCGUUGAUGAACAUAUUGUUGUUUUUUAAUUCAUGCUAAACAAUAUUAGUAUUUGGGACAUAUGAUAUUACUAUUAAGCUUGGAUGACAGUAGUCAUGUUAGUAAUAUUAAAUAAGGACAUAUGCUUAUGGGAAGUUCAUAUUAUUGAUCAUUAUUAGUAAGUUCUAUGCUCA